AUGGCUGUGAUGCCUCCACCAAACAGUGUAAAUGGGUCAGAGAGGAGAUAUCUCGAAGAUGGCAUAUGGCAGCAUGGUCGUUUCUACGGGUCUUGGAAACCAGGCAAAUACUUGUUUCCCAUUGAUUCGGAAGAGUUGAAUCGCCUUGAUAUUUUCCACAAGGUUUUUCUUCUCGCUAGAGAUAACAAGCCGUUUCAAGCACCAAUUCAACGGAAAGCGCCAAGGAUGAUGGAUAUUGGUACCGGAACAGGCAUAUGGCCGAUCAAUGUGGCGGAAGAAUGCUUCACAGACGCCCAGAUAAUGGCUGUUGAUCUAAACCAGAUCUUGCCAGCAUUGAUCCCUCCAGGAGUAUUGCCAAAGCAGUAUGAUAUAGAGGAACCCGCAUGGGACUCAUUAUACACAGAUUGCGAUUUUAUACACAUGCGGAUGUUAUUGGGAAGUAUCCAAACAGACUUGUGGCCUCAAGUAUACCGCAAUAUAUUCGAGCACUUGGCCCCAGGCAUUGGCCACCUGGAACACAUUGAAGUUGAUUGGACACCCCGGUGUGACGAUGAUGAGCGUCCUGCGAAUUCCGCAUUCGAGAAGUGGGCAGAGCUUUUCUUUGACGGGAUGGACCGAUUCAACCGCAUCGCUAGAGUUGUGCCUCAAGAAACACGGCAGUUGCUUGAAGCCACAGGUUUCACAGAUGUGAAGCAGGAAAUGAUCCGUGCCUAUGUCUGCCCCUGGUCUUCCGACCGACAGGAGCGGGAGAUUGCCAGGUGGUUCAAUAUUGGACUAUCUCAUAGCCUAGAAGCUUUGAGCCUGAAACCACUGGUUGAGAAACUUGGCUGGAAGCCCGAGGACGUUCGUAAGCUAUGUACAACAGCAAAGCGCGAGACCUGCGUUUUACGAUUCCACACUUACUGCAAUAUCUAUGUCUGGACAGCGAGGAAGCCUGGCCCGCCACAGUAA